AUGUUCAGUAAUGAUGGCCAAGCACCACCCACUUCUGGUUUCAUGGAAAAGGAGGCAUUUGUUCAUGGAGGUAUGCUACCUAGUGAUAUCAGUUACAUUAAUCGUGUUGUGCAACCAUUUCCAUUAAUCAAUGCAGAAUUUCCCCUCACCGGAUUAAGGAAUAAACCAAAGAAAACAGCUCAUGUGAAACCAGACCUCAUAGAUGUUGAUCUUGUAAGAGGGUCUGCAUUUGCUAAGGCAAAACCUGAAAGUCCUUGGACUUCUUUGACUAGAAAAGGAAUCGUUCGGGUUGUAUUUUUUCCCUUUUUCUUCCGAUGGUGGUUACAAGUAACAUCCAAGGUCAUCUUUUUCUGGCUUCUUGUACUUUAUCUUCUCCAAGGUAUAAUUAAGUGUACAAGCACCUCUUACAGAGUUGGCGCUGUCUUCAGAGAUCUCUGGAAUGCUGCUUUUUUUUUAUCAGGAUCAAAGAAAACAAAGAAUUCAAUUGAUAAAUCAACUGAGACUGACAAUGGCUAUGUAUCCCUUGAUGGAAAAAAGACUGUUAAAAGCAGUGAAGUUGGAGUACAAAACCAGGAACCUCGGUGUGAAACCAUUAGAUCAGAAGAGACAACCUGGAACACAGGAACACUGAAGAACAUUCCCAGCAAAGUAAGUGUGGUAUUUAAAAAUUGUGUGAUUUUACAUGAGCUGAUUCUGAAAUCAGUUCUUACUGAAGACAUAUUCGUUAAGGAUGAGACUUAUAUUCAGCAAUUUGUAGUGAAAUUCAAAGUGGCCAUUAAUCAUCCAGUAUUGCACGAUGCCCCUAAAUCGGGUACUAGUUGCAGCUCUCGCUGUUCAAGUUCCAGACAGGAUUCUGAGAGCACAAGGCCAGAAUCUGAAACAGAAGAUGUAUUAUGGGAAGACUUGUUACAUUGUGCAGAAUGCCGUUCAUCUUGUACCAGUGAGACAGAUGUGGAAAAUCCUCAGAUUAAUCCCUGUGUGAAAAAAGAAUAUAGAGAUGACCCUUUUCAUCAGAGUCAUUUGCCCUGGCUCCAUAAUUCCCACCCAGGAUUAGAGAAAAUAAGUGCUAUAGUAUGGGAAGGCAAUGACUGCAAGAAAGCAGACAUGUCUGUACUUGAGAUCAGUGGAAUGAUAAUGAACAGAGUCAACAGCCAUAUACCAGGAAUAGGAUACCAGAUUUUUGGGAACGCAAUCUCUCUAAUCCUGGGUUUAACUCCAUUUGUUUUCCGACUCUCCCAAGCUACAGACUUGGAACAACUCACAGCACAUUCUGCUUCAGAACUUUACGUGAUUGCAUUCGGUUCUAAUGAAGAUGUCAUAGUUUUUUCUAUGGUUAUAAUAAGUUUCGUGGUUCGUGUGUCGCUUGUUUGGAUUUUCUUUUUUUUGCUCUGUGUAGCAGAAAGAACUUAUAAACAGCGACUACUUUUUGCAAAACUCUUUGGACAUUUAACAUCUGCAAGGAGGGCUCGAAAAUCUGAGGUUCCUCAUUUCCGAUUGAAGAAAGUACAGAAUAUAAAAAUGUGGCUAUCUCUCCGUUCCUAUCUUAAGCGUCGAGGUCCUCAGCGAUCAGUUGAUGUAAUAGUUUCAUCUGCUUUCUUGUUGACUAUCUCAGUUGUGUUUAUCUGUUGUGCCCAGCUGCUUCAUGUGCAUGAAAUCUUCCUUGAUUGUCACUACAAUUGGGAACUGGUAAUCUGGUGCAUCUCAUUAACGCUUUUUCUCCUAAGAUUUGUUACCCUUGGAUCAGAAACAAGUAAAAAAUAUAGCAAUACCUCAAUAUUACUUACUGAGCAGAUAAACCUCUACUUGAAAAUGGAGAAGAAACCUAACAAGAAAGAGGAACUGACGCUAGUGAAUAAUGUUUUAAAACUGGCUACCAAACUACUAAAGGAAUUGGACAGUCCCUUUAGAUUAUAUGGGCUUACAAUGAAUCCGUUGCUUUAUAACAUUACCCAGGUGGUCAUCCUGUCAGCUGUUUCUGGUGUUAUCAGUGACUUGCUUGGAUUUAAUUUAAAGCUGUGGAAGAUUAAAUCAUGACAAUUCAGAGAAAAGAUGUAGCCGCUUUUCCAGAAUAAGAGUACCAACUAAGCUACCUGAAAGCAGUCACUGACUCUUUGCUUCAGGAGUCUCAGCUGGGAAAUUGAAGUGUUUACAUCAGACUGUCUUGUGCAAUUCUUAUAUUUAUUUUACUUGUUCACUGUUUUUUACGUUUAUUUUAGUCUUUAUUAUUUUUAAGCAUUGAUGUAUACUUAGUUGUUGAAAGGGUGAUAAAAAUGAUAUCCAGAUACUUGAGAUCCUGGUAAUUGCUCAUAAAUAAUUGACAGAAUUGCAAAUCCUGAAAAUAGAAGCCAUUGCUAAGCACUGUUUCUCCAUCAAUGCCAUGAACUUGCCUUACUUGAGGAAAAAUUCUUUAACUUUGGAAUAUCACAUUGGACUCAGCUAAGCAAAUAUAGCAUUUUCUUCAGUAAAUAAAGAUCCAGUCAGGAUUUUUCUUGAAUUAUUUUGGAACAAUGCCAGGAUCUGUAUUGAUUAAGCUGCAGUUUAAGCACCCUUCAGUAUUAAUAUAUAUGGUGUUAAAUAACAGGUCAACAAGUGCUCUUUGAUGAUAAAACUCUUAAUAGAGCAAUAAUUGUAAAUGGUUACCAUACUGUAAGAUUUUUUGAUAAAAAUUAACUAGUAAUAAUUGUAUUUAUUUGAAACACUGGGCUGUUUGCACAGCUCCAACUGUGCAUGCUCAAAAUGUGCACUUUUUAAAAUUGUUCCUUUUAAUGUACAUCUUUAUAUGGGAUAUGUUAUAGUGUACUAGGGCAUGAUAUGGUAUCCUUUUGAGUGAGGUAUAUACUCAUCUCACAAGUGAAGUGCCUAUUGAUAUUAUUAAAGUACAUUAUGUUUACUUAAGUAAAAUAAUUUUCUCCCUAUGGUACACUAUAGUGUAUGCUAUUCAGACCACACUCAAAUGAAUACCUUAAGAAUAAGGGUAAGAACCAAUAAAAUAUUCUUCUGAUUACUAGUUUUAAAACUAUUUCCAAUUUUUCAGAAAAGACCACUUCAGCUUUCAAAUUCUUCCUCUAAACUUACUCUGGUGCAUCUCCCUCCCAUCCCCCAUUAUAUAAAGGGCUAUUUUAGAUGCUUUUCACCUAGAAAAUUAAUCCCCUCCAAUAAUUUGCCAAGUGUCUGAGUAUUUAUCACGUCGGCAUGCUAGGUAAAUAGGGCAAAUAUGACGGUAUCUUACAUUGGACCUUGAUUUUAAGUUGUUAUAUUUGUACAAUCAAGAGUGUUUUAGGAAUUCCAUGAAACACAUGAACUGUUUUUGAGAUUUUUUUUUUUAAACUGA